AUGUCUGACCUUUCUCUUCAAUUGAUGGAGAAAGAACCACGCUUACCCCGUCCGCACGACGGCGUCACUUACAACAAUGUUUACGUUGUACACUACAACUUUAGCGACGUCGACUAUUUUAAGGCGGUCGAUGAGCUACACACUUUGGUGCAGGACCUCGAGUCUGUCGGACUUUACACCGAACUUCGAGCUGGCUACGACCAGUCUCUCCUUAUCUUUGUCAAGGCUCCGAAAGAGCUGUUGGGUAAUAUGGUCUACAAAUCUCGAGUCAAAGACUGGUUGUAUGGCAUCUCCUUGAACCACCCUGGCGGCGGUAAGGAUACAGUGGUCGAUGGAGAUUACGAGGCCGAGGACCUUCUUUCCAUGUACCACCUCGUCACCUGGAGUAAAGAACUAGGUGGGGCCGGCAUAACGCCAAAAUCUGGCAACUGGGAGAACGUUGAGUCUGUGUUCCCGUUGCAUAACGUCUCAGCCAACAGAAAGCUGCUGCAGUACUUGAGCAGGAAAAUAUUUCUGAAGCCAGACGACUUGGACAAAAUCAGGGGUUUGUUUGGCGUGAAGGUGGCUUUCUAUUUCGCCUUCCUGCAGACAUAUAUCGUCUUUAUGUUCUUCCCUGCCUCGACCGGAUUCCUUGCGUGGAUGUUCCUGCCUCACUAUUCCCUCGUCUAUGCCAUCAUAACCAGUCUGUGGUGUGUGGUUUUUCUAGAGUACUGGAAAUUGCAAGAGGUGGACCUGAGCCUCCGGUGGAACGUCCGAGGUAUCGCGUCAUUAAAGAUGACUCGGCCCAAGUUCAAGUAUAUCAAGGAGAUUGUGGAUCCGACGACCGGCGAGCUCAAGCGCUACUUUCCAAUCUGGAAGCAUGUUAUUCGCCAUACCUUGCAGAUUCCUUUCACGAUCACAGCGCUCGUCAUUCUCGGGGCUUUGAUAACCUUGGUGUUCACCAUUGAAAUUUUCAUCUCUGAGGUUUACGAGGGAACUCUCAAAACUUAUCUCGAGUAUCUCCCGACCGUUCUUCUCGCCUGCGUACUCCCUUUCAUCAGCUCAAGGUUCGAAGAUGUAGCCACGAUGCUUACCAACUACGAGAACCACCGCACGCAGGACCGACACGAGAUGUCACACACGCAGAAAAUCUUCGUUCUCAACUUCAUCACCAACUAUCUUCCCAUUUUACUCACCGCGCUCGUAUACGUCCCAUUCGGCAACACAAUCGUACCACAUCUGGAAAUCCUUUUGAGGAGCGUGCUCCCCGGCACCAUCAAAUUUGAAUCAGAUGGAGAAUUCGCCGUUGACCCAUCGAGGUUGCGAAACGAAGUCAUCGCUUUAACUGUCACCGGCCAAAUUUCCAACCUGUUCGAGGAGCUGAUAUUCCCUUACCUCAAGCACAAAGCCGGCCGAUGGUACAAAGAUUACCGCGCCGAGCGUGCCCACGUCGCCACGAUAAACACAGUCAUCCGGGAUAUUCCAGAAGAAGUGAAAUUUCUCAAGCGGGCCCGCAACGAAGCGCAGCUGGAGCCUUAUAACGUGCAAGACGACUACUCCGAGAUGAUCAUCCAGUUCGGAUAUCUAGCUCUCUUUUCGCCCGUCUGGCCGCUCGUCUCCGUCGGUUUUCUCGUCAACAACUGGAUCGAGUUGCGCUCCGACUUUCUCAAGAUCUGCAUCGACCAUCGGCGCCCGGCUCCCAUCCGGACCGACGGCAUCGGGCCGUGGAUCGACUCUCUGGGCUUCCUGACCUGGAUGGGAAGCAUCUCCACAGCUGCUGUCGUGUAUCUCUUCGGAAACGAUAGCCUGGGCUUCCUCCCAGGAAGCGAUACAUGGUACGCGCUUCCUCUCACCAUCUUCGUCUCGGAGCACAUCUACCUGGUGUUGCGGUACAUAGUCGGCUUCGCCCUGCAGCGUAUGGUGUGCUCAGAACAGAUGCGGAAGCGCCGCAAGAAGCGAUACGUGCAGCGCAAGAAGUACUUGGAGGAACUGGAGAGCCGAUUUCAGCAACACUUGGCGGUGGAUGAGCAAGAGCGAGAACGCAGACGGUCUGUGCUCUUGAAUGGCCACGAUCUGUUCUGGACGCGACAGAGGGAGCCGAUGGCGAGCGUCGAUGUCGGCAUGGGACUCAUCAAGGCUUUGAGAAGUGCGAACGAGGCGAAGAAGGAAGCGUAG